AGCGACUGCACUGAGUCUGACAGAAAUGCCUGUGAAACAUUGAUAGCAAUACGACAUUAUCAACCGUGAGCCAGGAUGAAAGCCGAUCCGCAGAACAAGGGUAGUUCCAGGACACUGGCUUUGAUGGUGACUUGCACGGCCAUAGGAGGAACACUCCAAUAUGGUUAUAAUCUUGCUAUUAUGAAUGCACCAACCACUUAUAUACAGACUUUCAUCAAUGAAACGUUUUUGGAACGAUGGGGCACGGAAUUGGAGUUGUAUGAGGUCACUCUGAUCUGGACAUUCAUUGUGUCCAUUUUCUCACUCGGAGGACUGACAGGUGCCCUUCUUGCUGGACCCAUGUCAAUACGAUACGGGAGGAAGAAGACAAUGUUGCUGAACAAUAUCUUCCUUAUGCUGAGUUCACUCUUAGGUCUUACGAGUAGAACAGCAAAAUCUUUUGAGAUGAUCAUCCUCUCCAGAAUCCUCGUGGGAAUUAAUGCAGGGAUCAGUAUGAAUGUUCAGCCCAUGUAUUUUGGUGAGAGUGCCCCAAAACAUCUCAGAGGAGCAGUGUCACUGUCCUCUGCUGUCUUCACGGCCUUUGGAGUGGUAUUAGGACAGAUUGUUGGUCUCAGGGAGAUCUUGGGCAGCGAGCCAUACUGGCACUACCUGCUAGCCAGUAAUGCGGUCCCUGGGUUCAUACAGUUGCUCACACUACCCUGGUUCCCCGAGAGCCCCCGCUACCUCCUCAUAGACCGUGGGGACAAGGAAGCCUGCUUCGCAGCGCUGAGGCGUCUCAGGGGCUGUGAGGUAUCGCCUGUCGAGAUCGAGGAGAUGCUCCAGGAGCAGGCCGAGGCAGAGGGCGUGCGCCCGCGGCGAAUGUGGGAGCUCUUCUCCGACCGCUCCGUCCGCUGGCAGGUCAUCUCCGUGGCGAUCAUCAGCAGCGCUAUGCAGCUCUGUGGCAAUGACUCGAUCUAUUUCUACGCUUUCUACGUAUUUCAAGAAGCUGGCGUAGAUCCUGCUGCCAUCCAGUAUAUUACCAUUGGCACGGGCACAUGUGAAUUCACUGCCUGUAUAAUAUCUAACCUGCUGAUUGAGCGACAGGGCCGGCGCUUGCUCCUGAUGGGAGGUUACGUCCUGAUGGCAUGCUGGGCAGCGGUCUUCACAGUGGCUCUGUCGUUUGAGCAUUUAGUGUCUUGGAUGCCUUACCUCAGCAUGGCUUGCGUCUUCACAUAUAUUCUCAGCUUCGGAAUGGGACCAGCUGGUGUAACAGGGGUGCUGCCCACAGAAAUCUUUAACCAGACAGCUCGGCCGGCUGCCUACAUGAUUGCUGGCUCCCUCAUGUGGCUGAACCUGUUCAUUGUGGGGAUGCUUUUCCCCUUCAUUGUGAGUGAGCUGGGCCAGUACUGCUUUGUUCCGUUCUGCGCCGUCUGUGUCCUCACGGCGCUUUACAUUGGUCUGUUUUUGCCUGAGACCAAAGGCAAGACCCUCCCCGUCAUCGCCAGCGAAUUUAACCGACUCAACUUCCCCAAGCAGGAGAGGACUCGCCAGGCAGAGUACAAACUAGGGGAAGUCCAACACUCCACUGCCCUGUAGUCACAUGCAGGCUCACUACUGUAACAAGGCGGUGCAAUCAAAGAUCGUGUUCUGUGACAAUCAAGGGUUUAGUUCUUGAGCCAGACCCCUAAUUUUGGUCAAUCGGUAUCCAUUCAGAUUAAGUCUCAUAGUGAUUUUUUGACAAGGUAUACCAGCCUAGAAUUAGAAAUUAUGUAAUAGCCUUGCACGUUAGGUAUGUUUUUGUGUUUUAUCAGCCUCUUUAUAUCCAUUGUCUGUCUGUGGCGGGAUAUUUUACAGGUGAUUAGACUAAAAUAUAGUAUGUCUAUGUAUGUACAGUAAAUUAGCCAUUACCUAAUCUAAUGUAAUCACGCUAGUGUGCUAUACUUUGCCACAAAUCACUAUGAGACUUAUUCUCCUCAGAUUGUACCAACCAGCCCCUCUGGCUCAAGGAUGAAUUGUUGCUGUAUAAGCUGGUAAAGGGAUAUGUGUGUUAAAUGUUCAUGCAGCCCAUCCACGAAUUAUAGAAUGUUUAUAUGAUAUGGAGUAGAGACUGGGCUGAACACUUAGACUUGAACUGUGAGUAAUGACUUAAUGACUAAAUAUAAAUAUUUUGAGCACAUCAAUGUGUGGUAAUGGGCAUUUUAAUGAAUAAUCAAUUCCCAAUACCCAUCUCAAUCACCAUUACCAUCGUGAUGAGAUAAUCUAGAAUGUCCAAAAUGUGAAUAGAAAUUUUAACAUUAAACACAUUUUAUCCAAGUGAGAUUAAAGUAGCCUUUAUGCUUCUCCAGUUGCACGAAUGACUGAAUUCAUGUUUGAACAGUUUUUUGUUUAAUGUUCUUAUUUUAUUUAGAUUUUGUUGUAAGAAUUGUAACUUUGAAUUCUGAAUCUUUUAGACUGUAGUUUAUACAAUAAAAGUUGUA